UGCAAACGUCCAUAACACCGCAAUGGACAAUACAACAGCAAAAAACACGAUAGAUAAUGCCACCAACGCGAAUGCUGCAACCACAGCGACUGUUGGUAAUGAAACUGUGGUCAAUAGCAAUAGCUGUAGCGGUGGUGUUGGUGGUGGACGUACCAGCGGCAGCAGCAACAACCAGAACAACAGCAAUCACACCAGUAGCACACACAAUGGCAGCGGUAGCGGUAGCAACACACAACAGAACAGCGGCUGCAGCAGACACAUGAAAACGAAUAUGAGCGGCGCUGGUGUGCCGACACUGCCCGCAGCAGCGCUACCCCUAUCAGCAACAUCCGUAGGCAGCACACCACCGAGCAGCGCUGAAGCGACAAAUACCAACAAUUUCGCUUAUUACACGGGCGCCACUGAAACGGUGGCAGCAACAGCUGGCACAGCUGCUACGCAGCGACAUGCUGUAGCAGCAACGUCACCAUUACCACCCCCACCACAAACGUUGCCACCACCACAAUCAGCUGCCGCGGCCUCAUCAGCAUCAGCGCACUAUCCACCACCACACCAGCAACACUAUGCCACGGGCAACGCAGUGGCGCCACUAUCGGAUGCUUUUCAUCACCAGCAGAUGCAGCUACAGCUGCAACAACAAUACGAGCAACAUUAUCAACUGCAAACAGCCUAUUAUCAGCAGCAGCAGCAGCCGCUGCCGUCGCAGUCGCAGCAAGAAGUUGUCGCGCCACAACAGCCGCCUUUACAAUACCAACAUGCGACGGGCACAACAACAACAGUCAAUCAACAUGCUGCGCGCAGCAACAGACAAGCAACGCCGUCGACAGCCACACACCACGCAACGAACACAUCACAAGCAGCAACAACACAGCAGCAGCAGCAACCCGCAGCAAUGGCGCACGCGUUGACACACACCACACAGCAACAGCAACAACAACAACAACAGCAGCAGCAGCAAAUAUACCCCACAGCUAUGUUGGCAAUCGCCACCGCACCGCCGCCGCCAACAACGUACGGUGUUAGCGGUGGCAGCGGUGCCUCGGCGCCUUUGGCCAACAUAAGCACCGUUAAUGCCACACAAAACGUCAAUGUUAUUUCGGCCGCGCCGAUCGUGGUGGAAUUCAGCAAUUUUCAACUGAAUUGUAUGCGCACAACGGCCACAACGACGACAAAUGUUGGCGCUUCAGCAGCAGCAGCAGCAGCAGCGGCAGCAAUGGUCGCAACAACGCAAGCGAACAGUGACGCGAACCGCGGUUUGGCGGGCGGCGCCAUCGGGCAAGCGAACACACAACACCAUCAUCAUCGCCACCACCAUCACUAUCACAAUGCGGCGGCGGCGGGCAACAUGCAUGCGCAUACACACCAACAAGCGCUGCUGCAACAGACACAACCGCAACAACAACAACAGCAUCAACAUCAGCACCAACACCCGCUGCAAUCGGAUCCACCGCUGGCCGACCGACAACAGCUGCAGCAUCAGCAAUAUGCGCAGCAGCCAGCGCAGCCGCUCCAGCAACAUGCCACACAUUACGGUUAUCACCAGCCGCAUCAUCAUCACCAUCAUCAGAAUGUGCGGCAUUAUCAUCAUGCGCCGCCGCCACCACCAGCGCCGUUGUAAGGCGUAGAAAUAAAGUAGCAAUAAACAUGUUGCGGAACAUGUUGCAGCAACAUUGCUGUAUACACACACAGUUUGCUAUUGGUGGCCGAAAGUUAAUGUUAGUAAGAAAAGUAGUAGUUAUAGUAAAGAAAAUAAUAAUAGCAUAACAUA